GCACCGGUUACGAUCAAUGUUGUCUGCUCUUCUCAAUUUGUGAUGUUGGAUGGAAGGAAAAAUGUGAAAAUGAUUAUAGCAAACUGAACUGGUUUGUUACCUUCCUUUUCAAUUUUAUCAGUUGAAUAAUUGAAAUGAAAUCAUUUGGAGCAAGUCUUAUCUUCAUCAGUUUCUUUUAUUCGUGUGUGUCAUAUCCUGGUGAGGAAAAACAUGACAUUGGUACUCUGGCAGGAGAUAUCCAGAACUGGGCCAUGCUCAUCCAGAACUACAUAUUGCAGCUGGCAGGGGACGGAAUCAAGAGAGAUGUCACCCAAAGCUACCUCGAUCAGGCAAAUUACACAUUUGAGAAGAAAAAUGGUGAAACAAUUGUCAAUGUAGUUAAAGAGACUCUUGGAGACUACUUCCGGAAAAAGAAGAAGGCAGCCAAGAAUCUAGCGAAUUCAGUUCGCAAGUUAUAUGAUGACUAUUUGUCUGAAAACAGAACUUCCAAUGUGACAAGAUUGAAGGAUCUGAGACGAGAUGAAUAUCGAGACUCAGACAUUCCUUUCUUGCUGCCUCAAGAUCUCACAUUUAACCCAUAUUUUCGACAAGGCGUCAGUAUCAACAGCUCCACUAUAAAAAUAGCAGAUGAGGUACCUCGUGAUGACCCCACUGUCAUCAACACCAUCCUGUUCACAGCUGGAUUAGAAAAAGUGUUCCAUGAGAAUGCAGACAGAGAUCCUCUCCUCAGGUGGCAAUACUUUGGUUCCACGACUGGAGUAACUCGUCUGUUUCCUGGUCGAGAAUGGUCAACUAAUUUUGCUGGCUUCUAUAACGACUACGACCCACGUGUACGACCCUGGUACAUUGCUGCUACUAGUGGUCCAAAGGAUGUGGUUAUUGUUCUGGACUGCAGUAAGUCCAUGGCUGGUGAGAAGUUCUCCAUUGCAAAGGGAGUGGCCAAGGCUGUGAUCAACACACUUACCAAACAGGAUUAUGUUAAUGUCAUCUGUGCCAGAGCCAGCCACUGGGAUGAAGUGGGGAAGUGGCACUACUUUACGACAGAGGUGCUGAGUUGUCAGACAGAACAGAUGGUGCCAGCGACCAUUGCUCACAGGAAGGAUCUCAUAGAGAAGAUAGAGAAGCUGAAGGCUGGCGGAACCAGUGAACUGGGGAAGAGCUUUUCAAAAUCGUUUGAGCUUCUCAACAGCAAUCCCCGGACUGGUUGUCAGGCACUCAUUGUUUUUGCAACUGAUGGGAAGGACACAGAUGGGGAGCAGGUCCGGUGUGGACCAGGGUACUACACAAGGAGCGGCUAUGUUCCUGGACCCAUCUGCAAGUACAACUGGACCAAAGUGUGGGAUGCAAGUGACAUGCAGAACAAGAAACUAGAUCCACACGCUCGCAUCUUCAGCUACCUGAUUCGAGACGAUGCUGAGGAGUUUCCUGGGAAACUGGCAUGUUCCCACAGAGGAAGCUUCAAGAAGCUGAUGACUGGUGAGAACCUCAUCUCCCAGAUGGGCAACUACUUUGAGUUCCUGUCUUCCAAUGCCAAGAGCAGCAAGGCACUGUGGACGUCUCCCUACCUUGAUGCCUGGGGUCUUGGUCUCAUGAUCACACACACCAUCCCUGUACUGAGUCGCAUCACUGGCAAAUACAUAGGGGUUGUUGGUAUUGACGCCACCCUGGAUGAGAUAGAAAACUUCCUCACCAAACAUCAGUGGGGCAACGUCUAUUCCUUCCUCAUCAACAACCAAGGAGAGACAAUCUUCCAUCCCAGGCUUAAACCUAGCAAGAAGCUGCUGGAUGAUCCCAUCUUCAUCCCGAUCUCCCAGCUGGAGAUCGACAAGUAUGGCAACCCGCCUGAGUUUUCCACUUUAGAGAGGGAGAUGAGAGCUGGGAACACUGGCAAGAUUGUGGUGAAGGGAUCGGAAGACAACAGUAAGACUUUCUUCUAUGCUGCUCUUGAAGAAUCUGAAUACUCCUUUGCCUAUUGCCUCACAGACAUGGAUCUGGAAUUCCGUCGGUCCCAAGAGCCUGUUGACAGAUCGAAGUACGUGAAGAGUUACUUCAACCUGCUGAAGGAGUACACCAGUGACCUGCUGCGAGAAAAGCUGCCGAGAGCGUACCACGAGCUGGACGUCCGGGAGAAGGAGAAGCGCUACCCAGGGCUGAGGAUCUCCUACAAGUACUCCACCAUCUUCCUGGCCCCCAAGACCUGGUGUGACCCCACCACCUACAUGUAUGAUGACAACCUGGACAAGAAGACCCUGGACGCUCAUCGCUGGAUCAACAGUUACCAGAAGGAUGAAGGAUGUGACUCAGGCAACCAGAAGUUUCAUAAGGGUGUUCGAGCGGAUGUUUUGCUGACUCAGCCAAUUGAGAGAAUCUGGGCAACUCGAGAUUUUGAGUCCAUAAACCAAAUCAAGUGGACAAAUGUUGGCUUACGGAGUGGUGUCUUUAGGACUUACCCAGGUCACAGGUCAACAAGAGGUUACGACCCCACCAAACGUCCAUGGUACAAGAGAACAAGCUCUGCCCCACACAAGACGUCCAUCUCCACACCUUAUAUGGAUGCUGCUGGUGUAGGCAAAAUCAACACAAUAUCGCAAGCUGUGUUUGAAGGAAUGACACCAAAGACAGAUGAAGAAUGUGCCAAAUAUGAAAAGGGGUCGCUGCUUGGGGGAUGCAAAUGUAACCUGGACAGUGACUGUCUCAUCAAGGUUUGUUAUUUAAGCAAGGCGCCAGGCCCCAACUCCGACCAGCGCCGAUGUGCAACAGAGCGGGUGGAAGCUGUGACUGGGCUGGACAUUCUGUAUGAUGACUUCCAGAAGAAGACCAUGGAGAGCAUGCAGGCCAGUGACUUCCGCAAGUCCUGUGGCCAGACCUACUACUGCCCGGAUGGAGAGCCUGACUGUGAGACGAGGUGCUACCUGUUUGACAGCCAGGCCUACCUGGUGAUGGACCCAGAUUUCCUGUUGGCUGGGAACCUGGACAAGAGCAAAUAUGCCGGAGUCACGCUUGGCAAGAAAGAAGGCGAAGUCAUGAAACAUCUUGUCUACAAACAUGGAUUCUUUAAACGAACUGAGUCAUUUGACUUUCAGGGCACUUGUCGUAUAACACCUGCAGAAGCUAAGGUGAGCCUGCUUGGGAUCCCCAAGAAGCCAGAAGAGCUGGACGACUACUUCAGGAACAGAGGUCCUAUCCCAAAGUUCCACAGUGAAUUUGGCUGUAUUCAGGAUGUGGUCAGCUACAAAGCCAAUGACUCAGCCCUUGGUCCUAGCGGUAUGGUGACUGGCAAUGUAUCAGGUCCAUGUAUGUCAGGGUUCUACUACGUGACUGCCCUGCCCCUCACAAACCUCUACCUGCUAGUGAUAGAAAACUGGAAGCAGUAUAGAGAAAGCCUGUUCUACAACUUCAACUGCAAGAUUACAAGAACUAUUGUUAACUCUGGAGCGUAUCGUAUCGUGAACGGCACAUGUGCCCAUGAGGAGACAUCCCAUGCUACCCUGGCCGAGGAAGACAAAUGCCCAGCCCUCCGAGAUCUCCCCCUCAAAUGCCAGUACACCACAGCCUCCAGUCUCACAGCAUCGUUAUUCCUGAUCCUUGGUGCUCUAGUGCUCUCCCUACAAGCCUUUAACUGGUAGUAGCACACCCUCCAGAUGAUCUCCUAGUCUAUUAGGAACAUUUAUGUUUCAGUUACUGUGUAACAUGGUGUAACAGGCAUGAAUUUAAGCAAGUCUCUGUUCGGAGGAACAGUGGAUCUCAUUCACCAGUCCUUACUGUGAUGUAAAUACGCAUUUCUAAAAUUGUGGUAUUUUACUGGUCAUAAUGAUAAUUCAUAGAUAAAGAUUCAGCUGUUUAGUUUGUGCUGUUCCAGUCAGGUUUUAAAGGGGAAGUAACUAUAUGAAUAAUCUCUUCAUUAGCAUUGUGUUGAUUUGAGAUCAGCCUUGGAGAACUUGCUCCAAAAUGGUCUUGGUUGGCACAAUGAAAAUAGUAGUGUAGACUUCUCUACCAAUUUUGUGAUAACACCACAUUGUAUGAUACUCUGAUGUGCUACUUUCAUUACAGUGGUGUGAUCUCUAAAUGUUUGAAAGUAAUUUGAUUGAUAUCAUCAUGGCAUUGUAAUUGAAGCGACUGUUAACUUCAGAGAUUCAUGACAAUAAUUUGUUGUAGAAAUUGGUUCUCUUGCAUCGAGCUCUGUGUCAAGGGCCACUGAAGUUUUUUGUAAAUAUUUCAUGUUUUACAAAAUGCGGUGUGCAAUAUUCAGUCCAGUAUCAUCACAUGCUGGCAUGUUGUUUAAUUGUUCAUUCUUCAAAUUGGUCAGGAGCAGUUCAUUAUUGCAAGAAAUGUACAUAUAUGUAGCACUAUUACCUGAUUCAAUGUCUGGACACUGACAGUUUACCAUGGCUAAUCAGUACCAGUAGGCGCACUUGGAUAAAGUCAAGUAGGCGCUGCUGACUUAAGUCAGAUAGGCACAGCUGAUUAAGUCAGGUAGGUACAACUAAUUACCGGUAAUGUCAGAUUCUCGCAGCUGAUCAUAGUAAAUGAAAGGUAAAAUAUAGGUCAGUCAGACAUGCUGUUAAUUCUUGUCCAAUUUAGAGUGGUACCAUUGUUUGAAACUUAAUAUCAAUAUAUGUCUUUUGCGGUCCCAGCUACGACAUAUAUUCCAUUUUUUGAGAGCCUGUUAUAGCCAUCAGUCAGUAUAGAAUGGUAUAAUAGUGUCAUUGAUGUUUAGUUAAACAAACACUGGCACACUAUCCUAUAAAGUCAGCUCACUUUAAGGUUAAAGAGGGACAAUGCUGAGGCAAAUUCUUAGUUCUUUUAGAUCUGUAACACAAUCUGUAACACAACACCACAAUCAAGUUUCAUGUUCAUUUCAUUCACCCCGAUUGUGAUUCUUAGUUUGUCAUCAUCAUACACAUGCUGUUGCAUUUCACCGACAUGAUGAACAUCUUUUGUGUCUACCUUCAUUCACCUGAUCAGGGGUGGAAAUAACCCAUUGCCCGACGCCCGAGUCCAGUGUUUUUUUCUGUCGGGCAAGCAAAUUUGUAUAUCACACUGUACCGGU